UCCGUUUCGAACGCGGAUGGCACCGGCGUCGACAAGGUAUCGUUUUCUUGCAUCGCUAAUUGUCGCUAAAAACCGAGUCUGGUAAUGGCCUGGCACGUCUCUCUGGCGUGGUUAGUAGCGGUGUCCUGCUUUGCGGCCACGGGUGAGCCCGACGGGCUACCCUUCGUGGCUCCAAGCGGUGUCGAACAAGGCGAACGUCAGUACAAAGCCGUGCUGGCCAAGAUACCCGAGUACGGCGCGUGCUGGAGUGAGGCGGUCGCACGGCUGGAACGGGGCUGUGACGAGCUCACCGAGGAGUUGCAGGGUCGGCUCGCACUGGCCUUCACAAGCUGCUUCCUGGAGAAGAUGGGCCAGCCGCCCAUUCGGUGUCCCAACUCCCAGCCACUGUCACGCUGCCCAGCUCUGGCACAAUUCCUCGAGAAGCCCCUGGCCACCUCGUACACCCAGUUCUUCACCCACACACAGGUGAUAUGCGCAUUCCUGCGCAGCCGCAAGUGGCAGGCUGAGGCGGCACGCACCAUUACCGAGCUGGGUGCAUCCAGUGUGCGCGCCACUGCUGAGCUCAGGCGGGCGGCCGAGACCCAGGCGCAGCUGGUGCGGCGGCAGCAGCAGAUGUUUGCCAACACUGAGCACCUCAGGCAGGAGCUGGCCAACGCGCACUCGACGCUCCGCGAGCACCGGGAGAUGCUCGACACGAGCCUGCUUCGCCUGUCCUACGUGCAGGCGUUCUUUGUGGACCAGUUUGCGACACUGCAUUCCCUGGGAUACUAUGCCAUCGCGGCAGUCCUGGCCUUCCUCAUGACGGCCUCCAAGCGGACGGCUGGCGCCCGCCCCUGGCUGCUCCUGCUCUUCCUGAUAAACCUGCUGGUCGAGCGGAUGAUCGUCAAGUGGGCCUCGGUGGACGCUAUUGAUCGGGCUGCGCCGCUAGCGUCGGAUAGUCCCCUGGGCGUACACAUUGGUCUGUCCCGCCGUCUCGUCUGCCUGCUCGCCCUGUGCGUGUACCUGUACCAGCUGUACACGUUCCGCGACUUGGCCUCGCUCAACAAUCAGUUGCUGCUGGACCUGCAGGCCGAGAUGCGAAACCUACGCACCUCCCAAUCCCCCUUGGGUAGUCCGCAGCAGGACCAGGACCCUCGAACUGCCACCAUGUGGAGACCACCCGAGGAAAGUGCGUUUCGCUGGAUUCCACUGAACAGUACCGCUGCUGCCUGCUUGUUCACAAACCACACAGCUAGAGACUCGUCAGACUCGUCAACAGAAUCGUCAGAAUCGGAGGAGUCCGACGCCGGCAUGUGGUCCCUCGACGAUUGGGACGAUGACUACGACUACGAUGACGACAAUGACAACGACAAUGACAGCAAUGAUGAUUAUGUCCACUUCAGUGAUCAAAACAGUUGUGCCAGUGACAAUACGUUUGUGGAAACGGAAACCAAGUAUGGCGCCGGGUCAAGUACCGAGCGGGACUCAAACGCACAGCUGAACAGGGCUGCCAGCUGUGUAACCUAUGCAGCACAAUCAGAACGGGGAAGCCCAUCAGUGUUUACAUCCCCAGCCACAUCAUUGGCGCAGGCGGCGCCACCGUCGUCAGUGGCAUCGCCCGAAUCGGCAGCGGCGCCUAACGGCGGCCGCUACAACCUCCGGUCGCGGCGGUCGCUCAAUUCGUCCAGCGACCCACUGUCACCGCCACCGAGUCUACAACAACGACGGGACCUGGCUCUCCCCCGCCGGACCAUCGAACGGGCCGCCAUCCUUUCGUCGGACGAGGACUGAAUGGACGAGUUGCUGCGUCUUUGUGCUUUAAGUUGGCUUCUCUGCCGUGCAGCAGCGGUGUACGGACAAGCAUUGUCGAGCUCUCCAAAGCGAGGGCUCCUCUGCUCACCCUGCGUGUUCAUUAUUGUGUUUCGCGUUCUGCCUGCAGAGAAGCUGGCCUAAGGAACACGCUGCUCGCCCGUGACUAGGGUGUGUGUGUGCUCGGUUCGGGAAAGCGCCCUGCGUACACAGUGGUUCGAAUUCUUCCAUACAACGAGCAUUUCACUCGGACCUCAGCGCAGGAAUUUAUUUGUUGUUUUUAUAAAUAUUGUGACAAGGGGUUUGCUCACUUGGACCAAGUUGAGUUAAUGUACCGUCUGGCCGCACGUAUGUCAGACUAAAUCGGUACCGAAGAAACGGUCGGAGGUUGGCAGGAAGCCUACAACGACACUAAAUUUUAAUGUAAGGAACCCUGCAUAACUAUUGGUACAAUAGCAAACCUUCAGGUAUAGGUUUGUAUCCAAAUCAUGUUAUAGAACUGAAUGCGGACAUGGAACUUAAAUGACGGUCUGAGUACUGACUUAGUAGAACGAACUUAAGGACUUAUUGGCACAACCUAUCUUGCGUGACAAAACAAAAUGAAGACCAAUAAUCAGUUCCAGAAAAUUACUGUAACAUUAUGUGCAACGUGUCUAUGACGCGACGAAUGCCGCACGCAUUUGCAUAAAGUAUUUGUCACGUGUAUCCUUUACUGCGGUGAAGCCGAAUCGGGUUUGAACAAGCUUUGAAGCAAUGCAGGAGUGAGUUGCGGUGAAGCCGCACUAUAAGGUAAACAUGAUCUCGUACGAUGUUUGCUCUGAUUUGCAACUUGGCACACGCCGAGUUUCUGGUGCGGGUAAUGCGCGCGAAAAUAGAACAUGACCUCGCGUUUACCGUGAUCUUGCACGCAGAGAGUGCGGACCUUUGAAAGAAUGCACGUUAGCUUGGGCCGAAGCUCCUUGCAGGGAGCUAGCUGCUGCUGUUGUCAUAACGGGCACCUAAGUCUUCCGUGCGUAAAGAACAAACAAGUCAUUUUUCAUUUUUUUUUUUUUGUCUUUUCAAGCAAGAUCUUGACGCUGCCCCAUAGCUGCGCCUUUCAUCAUGUGUGAGGAGUUUCCUUUGCGGCCGUGCGAAACUUUGUGUGACUUGCAUACGUGAUUUUUUUUUUAUUGCAUUCCUGUUUUACUUCGUGACGACUUUUUUUUUUUUUUUUUUUUUUUUUUUUUUUGAACGUAGGUGCAGCUUAGCUUUCCGCAUUCUCGUCGUAGAGAACGCAAAAGCGGGGAAAGAAAAUUGUGGAAGUGCCAUUUGUUUGUUUCGCCCAUACGCCACUUUGGUUUUGUGAUGUGCCUAUAAUCGUAAUUUUCUUAAUUUUUGAACAACCACAUUUUGCAACCAUCGAGCGCGUUCUUUUGAGUUCUCCGCUGCACCAGAGGCGGACUUUGUUGUGCGAAAUAAAGUGAUAUAUUAUUUUUCCCA